GUGGCAAACGAAUGUAUCAUUGAACGUUUCAACAGAUCGCUGGAACUAAAGCAGGAUUCUGAAAAAUUAAAGGCGAAAAGAGAACAGCAGUUAUUGCCUGCACCGCAAGACGAAAGUUCCAGUCAAGAGGAACACACUGGCGAGGUUGCUGCAGAACUGCCAAAAGAAGAAAUAGUGGAAACAGUGAAACGACGGAAUGAGGCGAAUUUUAAGAGGGAAAGCGGAGAACGGGAGGAGUCAGCAACUGAACUGCAGACGAGAAAAAGAACUGUCAGUUUUGCUGAUGAGCUUGAUGGAAAAAAUGUUGAUAUCAGUGCGGCAGAGAAACUGCCUAGUAAGAGGAUGCGGACCACAGCGGAAACCGAAGCAGCGAAUUCUGCAGCUCCAGCGAACCAAAGCAAACCUAUGUUUCCUGUUAUCGGUAGGGCAACAUGCCGUAUGACAUUCGGAUAG